AUGAUCGACCUGUUUGAUCAUUUAAAAUCCCUAGGGAUAAAAAAAAAUAAAGGAAAUGCAAAAAAUAUGAUACAAUGGUUUAUUUUUAAAAAAGAUAAAAUAAUAGAUAACAAGGUUGAUUUAAAUGAAGAAACAAUUCUUAAUAUAGAUAACGAAAAGAAAAGCGAUUUAAGAAUAUAUGUGGAUAAGGUUGAUAGUAUAAAGUUGGAGAUAAAAAAGAUUCAAAAGAAUGUAGAUGAAAUAUCAUGUUUAAAAAAUAAAAUAAAUAUUUCUAUUACUGUAGAACAAGAAAAUGAAUUAAGUAUAGAAUUAAAUAAACUUAUAAAAGAUACAAAUGAUUUAAUUAAUAUAAUAAAAAUUGAUAUACGUAAUUUAAGAAAGAAAUAUGUUCUAAGAUCAAAAGAAAGUUUUUAUAUAAAAAAGGCUAUAUAUGAUAAUCUUAUAAAUAUAUUUAAGAAAUCAUUACACACGUAUCAAGAUGUACAAAAUAUGUAUCAUGAUGGAAUGAAAGAUAAAAUAACUAGACAUAUUAAAAUUAUGUAUCCUAAUUAUAGUGAUGAAGAUAUUAGUACUUUUUUAAAUUAUGAUGAUAUAAAUACACAAAAUUUAGUAAAGUGGAAAUUACAAGGUCACCAAGAUUUAAAAAAUGCAUUAACUGACGUAGAAACAAAAUAUAAAGAUGUAAAAACAUUAGAAAAAAGUGUAUGUGAUUUACAUCAAACAAUAAUAGAAUUAUCUGCAUUAAUAGAAAUGAAUGAUGAAAUUAUUGAUAAUAUUUAUGAUCAUGUUAAUGAUGCUCAAUAUUUUACAGAAAAAGCAAAUGUAGAUUUAAUAGAAGCUAGAAACAUCCAAAAAAAAACUUCUAAAUGGAUGUUCUAUUUAACCGUGACAAUCAUAAUUCUUAUACUUAUUAUAUUCUUUCCAAUAAUAACAAAAAUUAUAUAA